AUGGAUGCUAGGAAGUUGGAUUGGGUCAAGUUUCAGGGUCGAAACUUUGUUUCCAUUGCUCGAAAGCCAGAAAAUCCAGAGGAUCCGUCAGCAUUAGAGGGUGGUCCAAUUGGUGUUACGCUAACAAAGGAGGCAAUUGACAAACUACGUUCUGUGGCAGAAAAGGAAAAUGAUCCAAAACUUGGAUUACGAGUUGCUGUUGAACCGGGUGGCUGCCAUGGCUAUGUAUACAAGCUUGAGCUGUCCAGUGAAUACGAAGAAGACGAUUUCGUAUUUGUGGAUGGUGGCGCCCGCAUUAUUAUUGACAGCGUGUCCUUGGGUCUUGUCAAGGGGAGCACGAUAGACUACGUCACUGAACUAAUUGGGAGUCAAUUCGCCAUUCGCGAAAACCCACAAGCCAAAGGAAGCGGCUGUGGGUGCGGCGUAAGCUGGGAGCCUAUUUUGUAA